AUGUCAAAGGACAAUUCCAAUGGGUCCAAUCGUUUGCAGAAUUUAAAUUUCUCGCUCCCGGACAUGUUGAACGAUCAUGGGUCGUUGAAUAAUAAUAAUGCGAAUUUCCAGUCCAUCAUGCAGAGUUUGAAUAGUGGAGACACUUCGUCGCCGUCCAUGGCUCAUCUUCCUGUCGAACUUCAACAACUGUUCAGUUCCAAAGCGACAGACGAUUUACUUGCCAGUGGAGCUUCUCACAAUACUAAUCCCAUGAAUCAACCCAACAUUACCGACAUGGCAUCCAUGUGGCACGCAAAGACAAACGAUAAGCGAUCCGAUCCGUUACACACCAUGCCGUCGAAUUUACCGAACCCUGUACCCUAUAUACCUCACCUUCAAAACGCUUCACUACAGCAGCGUCCGCAUCCUUCAUCGCUAUCUCAUCCUGCUGCCUCACCGGUCAUGUCAAUGAACCAUGCCAACAUGACCGAUCACAACUCGAUGCCUGCUCCUUCCACUGGAGGGGCUACGACUUUGCUGGAAAAACUUCAAUCGCAAUUACCGCCAGAGCGAAAAGAGAAGUUCAUCCAACUGUUCUGGGAAUUGACGAGUAAUUCCUUGACUCCCGAUCAAUUUCUGACACAAGCGAAUAUGUUGCUUGGACCGGAACAAUAUCAGCAAUUACUACUAGAGUUGAAAAACAAGCCAUCUGCGAAUCCAUCGGCUGCGAGUUCCUCAGCCGCCACUGCGCCGUCAACUCUACAGCAGUCACCAUCAUCCAGACCGGACAGUUUGGGAGACAGAAAGAGAACCAUCAGUAGUUCACAGUUACGCGCAGAAGAUACACAGCGAGCCAUGUCAGGGUUUAUUAGUCCGCAGUUAAAGCGUGCAAAGACGGAACAUAUACCAAUGAGCAUGCCCCUGAGUACACCCACUGGUGGCAAUGGUGCACCCAUGUUCCAAACACCCGGUAUGCCCACCACACCCUCAGUACCGACUACACCAGCCGUACCCAACACACCCAGCAUGCCAACGACACCAGCAGUUCCAGCAACGCCUGCUGUUCCAAAUGUGUCGACAGCAACGCCCAACAUAUCCAAUGCAGCCAGCGUCUCAGGAACGCCAGCGGUACCAGGCACACCCGCGACACCAGGUGCCCAGGGUACAGCCGGAACGCCAGCAUUACAGAUUCCUCGUACCAUUGCUCCUACUACACCUACAACUAAACCACCGACCACCUCAGCAUCCUCCACGUCCGCCCCAUCCGGCGGUCCCUCCAGCGAUCGAAUUGAUUAUGAAACACUCACCGAUGUCAUGGGCUAUGCAGGCGUAGACCUAAAGGAAGAAGUAGAGCACUUUUUAAAGGAUGGAGACGCUAUUGGUGGUGUAUUACCCGAUGGCAUAGAUCGAUCAAAGAUGCAAGAUUUUAUGAAUACAGAUAUGCUACGCGAUAUCGUCCUCAGACAUGCAAAAACGGUGGCGAUAAGUAAAGUGGAUUCUGACUUUAUCUCUUACCUUGCCCUGGCGACACAGGAUCGAAUUCGAACAUUGAUUGAACAAAUGAUCACAGCCUCCCGGCAUCGAGUACGAACUCAAAGCUUCAAACCUCCACCCACCGACGACAAUGAUCAACCAGUAUACAAAAUUGUCGUUGAAAAGGAUGUCAAGAGGCAGCUAUUGGCUGUGGAACGAGCAGAGCGCGAAAAGGAGCUGAAACGAAGAUCAUCCAGUGAUACGACAUCGGUAUCGGAUAAAAACGACGAUUCGGCCAAAGACAGCAAGAGCCGUCGUCUUGCACUAAAAGAAGCAAACGAAAAGGACGAAUUGCAGGCACGUAAUAAAAAUACCAACGACACUGCCCUCAUGAGCGCAGGUGGGGUACGGAAAAGCUGGAUGCUUACGGGGAUUAUGAAACGAUCCCAACAAUCAUUAUCAGCGACAAUCGCGACGAACGGUGACGGAGAAAAUCAGCCCGAAAGCUUGGAUCUCCCCUCUGUUUCUAAACGGGAACGUGGCCGAUACCUUGCAUUUACGAAGAACUUACCACAAGAUCAACUUUCAUCUGCAUCAUUGUCAGCAUCAUCCAUUCGAUUGUUACACGGGAGAUCGGACGAUCCAGGGGUCGUUACGGUUCGAGAUGCGAUAUUUGCCAUGGAACAAGAUGCUCAAGCAGGAAGAAAAACGGGUCAGCGAGCAUUACUAAAAUCAUACAGUCAUUGGUUAAAAUAG